AUGGCACGCAAGUUUCUGAUCGGGGGCAACUGGAAGAUGAAUGGCUCGGUCGAGCAAUGCAUGGCCCUCGCCGCCGAGCUCAACAGCAACGAGUGGAAUGCAGAUCGACUAGAGAUUGUGGUGGCGCCGCCUUCGAUCUAUUUUCGCACAAUGCGACAGGCCCUCAAGAAGGACGCGGCCCUCAUGGCCCAAAACGUACAUUUUGAAAAGUCCGGAGCCUUCACAGGCGAGGUCAGCACGGAAUUCUUGAAGGAUCUUGGGGUGGCCUGGGCCAUGACAGGCCAUUCGGAGCGCCGCGAGAUAUUCCAGGACUCGAACGAGAUUGUUGGCAGAAAGACCGCCCGUGCCCUCGCCAAUGGCGUCAAUGUCAUUGUGUGCUGCGGUGAGAAACUCGAGCACCGCGAAAGCAACCGCACGAACGAAGCCAUAUUUGGCCAGCUGCAGGCCGUGGCAGAUCAAAUCGAGGAUCCCAAGGACUGGGCCAACCUGGUGAUUGCCUACGAGCCGGUGUGGGCAAUCGGCACCGGCAAGGUUGCCACGCCAGAGCAGGCACAAGCAACGCACGUCGACAUCCGAAACUGGAUCCGCAAGCGGGUCUCGGAUGCCGCUGGAGAUGCCAUCCGAAUCCUGUACACGGGGUCGGUCAACGCCAGCAACUGCGCGGCAUUUGUGGACAUGCCCGACAUUGACGGGUUUGUUCUGGGCCGGGCAUCACUGGAUCCGAAGGAGUUUGCCAAAGUCAUUGCGCUGUCUGCGAGCUGCGCAAACCACCUCAACGACAUGCCUCCCCAGAUGAAGCGCCCAUCGCCUCUUUCGAUCGAAGUCCCCAGCUCCUCCAGCUCGCCCUCGCUCUCGCCCGCCACCCCAUCUCUGAAACCUCCCAAGAGCGUCUCGUCCAUGGCCCUGAACCUGCACACCGCCGAUGCUUCCGCCACCCCGCUCUCGGCCCCGGCCACGGCCUGGCGGACCUUUUUCGAGGAUACUGAGGCAGUCGACCGGAUGCCCAUCGACGAGCUCCGGACCAAGAUGAAGCAGCUCCUGUCCGAGCAGCGCGAGAAGGACAGAGGCAAGUGCCAAUCUUUUCAUGCCUUUCUCUCCUGCGAUCGCACAGUCUUUGCCCCUUGUUCUAUGUUUGAUCUCUCGAUCGCCGGCGAGCUGGGUCAGCAGCUUGUCGAAGCCAACAACACCCUCGCCAUCCAGUACGAGGACCUCCUGCAAAAAUACGAGUUCGUGCUGCGGGAGACCCAGAACGCCAAGGAGGACGCCGAGAUUGUCCAAAAGUCGUUCGCCAACGCCGAGCUCAAGGCCCUCGAGGACGCUGACACCCAGGAAAAGCUCAGUGCGCUCGAUGCCCAGGUCACGGCGCUCACGCAGUCGCUCGAGAUUGCCUACCAGAACAACCGCAAGAUCGAGCAGGUGCACAACCGAAGCAUCUCCUCCCUCCAAAAGACCAACUCGGAGCUUCAGGACCAGCUCAAGAGCGCCCUUCGUGACCUGCGCGAGGCCGAGCACACUCACACCAAGGCCGUUGCCGGCCUGGAGCGCGAUCUGGACCAGCUGCGGACCGAGCUGCAUGCCACCGCCGAAACCGCCCAGCAGCUUGAGGCUGAGCGCAAGCGUCUGCUCAAUUUGAUGAACAGCUCCAUAAAGGAAAAGAGCAACUCGGACAAGUCCGAUGCCGAGCAGAUCAAGCAGCUUUCCAGCGUCAUUGUCAACCUCGAGAGCGAGAAUGCCCAGCUGACCCGCACCAAGGCCGACGCCACCAACAAACUCAAUGUCCUCAGGGAGGAGCUGAACAGCGUGCAGGUCAAGUACGACGAGGCCGAGGAGAUUGUCUCGCAGUACAAGUACCUGAAGGACGAAUACGAUCAGCAAAAGGUCCUCAUCGAGGAGCUCAAGGCCAGCGUCGAGGAGCAGCGGCAGUCUUACCAGGGCAUGAUCGACGACCUGGCCCUUGUCGGCCAGCUCCCCAACAGCGCGAUCGCCCUCCGCGGCGGCAUCGACCACAACGCCCUCGUUCUCACCGACGACUUUAACGGCGACUGGCAGUGGGUCAAGUGGAUCGAGCGAACCCGAGUCAAGGCCUGGGAGCGUGACAUUCGUGGACUGAGAGAAGAGAUCGACAAUCUGCGCGAGAACCGCCAGCAUGCCGUGCUCCGGUUGCGCCAGCAGGUCGAGAACCUUGUCGUCACCGUGGCAGCACAGCUCCCCGCUCCCGUGCAGGCCCUGACAAAGACGGUAUUGGGGGUGAGUGGCGUUGCCGGCGAAAACUCGGGAUUGGCUCUUCCUUCUCCCGGACUGAUGCCCUCAUACUCGCCCUUGUGGAGCGGCAGCCCCACAAAACUCACUCCCCGAUAAGCCCAAAGAUGCCCAUCCCCGAGUCUCCAAGCGCGUCUGUCUCCCCACCUCUCUCCGUGGUGUCUGGUCGGCACUUGCGGUGCCGGCUCCGUGAUUCCUGGUCUGCCAGCCUUCCCACUUCUGGCUGUCCAUUCCCCUUCCCCCUCCCAUUUCGCUUCUUGUUCACCACCCUCCUUUCUGAUGUCCUUUCCGCCUUGGUGUCUGCUCGUAAACGGUCGUCGGUGUCGUAUCGUUAUUAUUCCUAUCGCCGCCAUUGCCAUCGCUGCCGUCGCGGCUGUCGUUGCAAUCGCAGCUGUUGUUGUUGCUGUCGUUAUUAUGGCUGUUCGGCGUCGGCCUCAUGUGUGUACGGACCUUGUAUUAUCUCGUCUGCGCCCCGAUGCCGACCUCAGUCUCCAAUGUGGAAUCUCGUUGCUGGACCCAUAUGCAUUCAACAGACCCAUCCCACACCGCCCCAC